AUGCAGCGAGAUCGCGUUUCUGUGCUUGACGAGAGGGCUUGGCAAGAGAUUAAGUACCACGCAGUGGAGAUGACGGAGCGGGUGGAGAAGCGUCUAGACGACCUGCGUGAGUUGCGUGCGGCCGUGCGGGAUCAUCUUGCGCUGCUGAACGUGCGGGAGGACGACACGACCCAUCAGCUUCACGUGGAUGUGAACAGGCUUGUGCAGCAGCUUCGUCAGCGUGAGGAGGAGGUCGUCCAGAUGGUGCGGGACGACUGCGCCCUUCAACGCGCCCAGCUCGAGGGGCUGCUGGAGAGCCUUGAAGUCAGCGAAAAGCAGCUGGAGGCGGAAAAGCCGCAGUUUGAAGAGCGAGGGCGGGACGUCGUUGAACGUGCCGCUACACGACGACACCUGGCGGAUCUUCUUAAACAAUCUGACUUUUUUGCCGUGCCGGAUAUGCACUGUUACAUCGUGACGGCUUCCCCUGUGGUUGCCGAGCGCCACUUGACAUGUGUGCGUGAGCUGGCACCUUCCUUUUUUCCCUCUGCGCUCACUGUUCCCAUUACGGACAACAUCGUUUAUCUCCCGUUGGAAAGUGGCGGAAAGGAAGACGCAUCUGUGGAGCAGAAACGUGCAUCUAUGGCAUUGCCAAGCGGCAUUCUUUACUAUCUCGCCACUGCAGGCCAUACAAGGUCCUUUUGUAACCCGGUGGAGAGUGAUGCCGUGCGCAUCCAGUGCAACGCUCCGAUUCUGCUUGGGCAGCUUUCAUCCAUGUGCGACGCUUGGAAUCCGACUCGUAAUGCAGCUUCAAUACGGCAGCAUAUGCCUUGUUUCCGCACAGCUUCACAAGAGAAUGCCCGAAUAGAAAUUGACUUUGGGGACAGGCGAUGGGUGGAAUGUACCGCUUACGCACUCCGUCACGGACACGCCUCGGAGCACGCAGCACUACGCUCCUGGCGCCUGCUUGGUAGCCGUGACAAAAUGCAAUGGGUUGUGUUGGAUGAACAACGGCGUAAUGGCAUACUUGGGACCUCGCCGUUUAACGUGGCAACUUUUAACAUUGACGAGGAAGAGGUCUUUUCCAAGAUGAGGAAUAUUUAUUACUUCACUUCUGUCUUGAGAUGUGCGUUUCGGUACAUCGCACUGGAACUUGCAGGUCCAGAUGCUGUGGGAAAGCAUCACAUGGAGCUUGGAGGGAUAGAGUUCUAUGGAUGUCUAGUGGACACUCUCUCGCUGUGA